AUUGUGAUUAUUUGCAGAGGAACACUCACUAGCAAGGACGUGCAUUGGAACAUCAAGCUAGGGGCUGUACACCUAGCCUUCCCCCGUGAUGCUGUAUCUGAGCCCACCCUGAUAACGGUCCAUCGAUGGAAACCCACGGUGCUGUCCCCGCCUUUGCAGGAGCACGAGGCUCUCGUCAGCAACGUGAUUGAGAUUUCCUCCAACAGUCAGGAAGCUUUCAAAUUUGAAGCUGAAGUUAAGAUGUCAUUCACUCACAGUUCUCCCGGCCUACACGGCUACGAGUUGGUGUUGUACAAACGGAAUGACAACGAGACUGGUGCAUGGAAAGAAGUGACCGAUGUGGAAGAUUUCAAAACUAUCUCAGGUUGGAUGAAAAGCCUUCAAAUGUGUUAAUGUUAAAUUACGGAUAAAGAAACUUGAUAUUGAGGGUUUUGGUCGAAUAUGGGUGGAUCUGCGAGAGAAUCUGCUCCCAGGAAUAUCUUAACGGAGGGUAGCAAAAGGGUGGGGUAGGGGGGGGGGCUCUAAUCCCAUUUCACGAAUAAAUUUUAGUAAAAUUCAGGCUUCACGUAUAUAGAGGGAAAACUUCAAAUCUCUCUUCUUGUGUACAAAGUUUCAAGGAAAUCUUGAGGUUUUCACGAAAUGAAGGAAAAAAAGCACGGAAUACGUAUAUUUCAGGAGGCAAAUCACGCCUCACGCUGGUUCAUAAUUUCGCGAAUCACGCUCGCCUUUUCCAGUAAAAUUCACGUGUCGCAUAUCAAUUUUGUCCCUAAGUACGAGUCACGUUUAAAUACUUUUCCUCCCGCUAAACGUGGCUCACGAGUAUGCUAGAUUGUUUUAAAAGUUGCUAGUUGCCAAGCCACGCAUACUUCAGUACUAGUGCAGCCAAAUAUUAUUCGACUGGUAACAGUCAAAGUUGGUGCUGUUAGCCUUACGGUGAACACGGAAUAAAUAUUUACGCGCUAAAAUACUGUGGAGACAUUUUUCAGAGCGACUCUUAAUAAUGGUGGACCACAAAGAAAGAAUUCGAUGGGUAGCUUUCCUUGUAUUGCUUGGUCAAGACUCUUUUGGAUCGUUCACCCAGGUUUACACUUGAAUGAGCUCUGUUACCUAAAAAUUAACUUAAACUAUAUUUUAUUUGUUCUCUGCUUUAUUGAUAUAGAUUUUGAAGAAGAAUAUCAAUCCAGCCAAGAUAUUCCCAACCUACACUUUCCUGUUGUGCAAGCGGAUAUAACAGAAUGUGCCACAUAUGCAGUAGUGAGUCGUCUCCGUCUUUCCCCUGAAUUCACGAUUACAUCAAAUGGCGGUUCCUUUGCCCUGCCUAAAUAUCCAAGUAUAAGUGUUACUAUCCCGGAAAAUGCUGUUACUUCGAAAACAAGGAUUCCUCUUCGACUGAAGGUACAGAAUUUUCCUGAAAUAUAACAGAUGCGAGGGGCAUCUAGUUUCGUUACAGUAAACGUUCGUGAUUGUUUAUCUUUAAGAACUGGUGGUGGAAGUGUCGAGUCGUUUGACGAGCGAAGUCCUAAUGACAAGAAUCGGUAAAUUUUGGGACUAAGACGUUUUGUUUCCUGAAAAUUUACUUCUUACCUUCUGUUUGUUGCUUGAGUCUGUCUUCCACUGUUGGAGGUCUGUGCAACACGUAAAUACUAAAUUUGAAAAUAAAGGUGGAGAAAAUUCUCCUCUUUUCCAUUUUACUUUACCGCAACGUAACUUGUUCUUUACCGUAAUGAAUCCUUGGAUUUACUCCUUUCGACAUAAUUUCUCUUUAGGUGCAAGAAGUACCACGUGAAGAGUUUGAGGCUAACGAAAUACUUAUUGGACCUAUACUACGAAUAGUUUGCCACAAACCGAUUGAGUUCUUGAAGCCUGUUACCAUUACGCUGCCAGUUUCUUUGGGAGACGCGCGGCAUGACUCCCCUGAUCCAACGGCAUGCCGGGUAAGAAUAUUGUUUCUGAGUUCUGAUGGUGAACAGAAGGAAUGGAGGGAAAUCACUGAAGAUUUGAAGAAACCAGUGACGUUUGACGGGACGACAGUCAAAUUCGAGGUGGAACGCUUCUCUGGGUACGUUUGUUUAUUCAUUGCGCUAAAUGCAUAUGUGGCCAGUUUCCAAAGCGUGGCAGGCCCUCGAACAUGUGAACCCCUAAUUAGGGGUAUUUCUGAACGUGUAUAUCAAGGAAAUAAACUGCUAUUUUCCUGUUGAUAAUUAGAAUGUGGUAAUCUCAGAACUUUUUUCGAUCAACUUUUAGACUAGGUUAAGAAAAUAUCGAAGUGAGGAUGAUUCAUCAAGCAAGCUCUGUGGACAUAUUAACUGAUAGAGAAUAGGAGUUUUAGCAUGUAUCUGAUUCCGAAUGAAUAAGGUAUUGGAACUCCGAACUGAGCCAAGGGAUCUGCAUUUUUCCCCCCUCGAAUGUAAAGACAAGCAAACGAUAGAAAAAGUUGGACAAAACUCUAAGUAUUAGAUCUACUUUAUGAAAGGAAACCCUAUCUCGCGUAUUACCAUCGUGAUACUGUCUUUUGCACCUUUCAUACCCUCCUCUAAACAAAGGAAAAGGCACUCUCUUCUUAACUCAAUUUUCUUAUCUACUGUUAUUUGGGCAGACAAUGCUGAAAUCCCAAACAACGGCUGCCAAGGAGAGGAAUGUACCUGCAGAUCCGAUCUGGUGCUAAGAUUAAUUGCAGUUUAAAUACAGUUCUUCGACUUUCAUUACAGGUAUUCGUGUUUGAUUGACUGGCUUGCAGAUAGCUUCAGUUAUCAAGGCGUUAUCGGAUAUUUGUCGAGCCUUAUUUGGACCCAACCUCAGCUGGCAGUGUUCUUCGCCUACUUCCCUCCCGAAGACCGCCCUGAUUCUCAAGACAUCUUGCACCUAAUUUGCUGCCCGUAUCAACUUAGAGAAAAGGUGCGGGAUGAAAUUAAGAAUCAGGCUAAUGUGCCCACUCCGAGCGAUUCAAGUUCCCACAUCAAGAUGAUUCCUGGGCGUGAUAAAGCAUACGUCUCCCUCAAAAAAGGAAUCCGAGCGAUUGAGGAAGUUGACAUGGAGGAAUUUUAUCUCCAGUAAGUUUUUAGAUACGCUUCACUGAGAAAAACCUUCUGUAUGCUAUCAGUCUGAAGUUUUUUUACUAGUAGGUUUUCAUUAAAUAAUUCCAAGAAGGCCGGAAACGUAGGGAUUUUGUUUAAUCAAAUUUAAAACAACAAUCAGCAGAAAAUCAAAGUUAAGCUGUUAUUGAUAGAAUUUAACUCAAACUUUGACUUCAUAAAUUUGGUGUCUUUCUGAUAUAGAUUGCAGAUGCUAUAGAAAUCGGGCAUUGAGGAGUGGAACCCGGGGAAAUGAUUAAAUUCUAAUGCAGAUUACCGCUGUACAUUCGCUCCCCAUUCCCCGUUUCCAGUUCCUCUUUCGACGUUUUGAUAACAUCCGUGCUAUUUCCUUCUGUAGAAAAACGGAAACGAUUCUUGCUAAUAAAUACAUCCUUUUUCGUGCUGAUGAGAAUUAUUUUCGACAGGUUUAUAAGUGAUGAGCUCCAUAAAGUUCAGGUUCCAAUCCGUGUUAUUGAUGACAGAGGACUUUCAGGGGUGGAGUUUUUCAAAACACCGAAGUUUGAAAAAAGUACUCUGCUGUGUCAAUUGUAUUUUCGAUUAUCGCCUCUCAAGAGAAAGCUGAACGUA